UCAAUCGGAUUACCGUGAGUGAUGAGGCGCGUAAAGAUCCUACAAGGAUUACCUUUCAUUCGACUGCAAUACAACUCCUUUGAAAUGUAUCGAUCCCCUCGUUGAGAUAUCGAUUUCAGCGAUCGAUAAUGUUUGCGUACAGUCAUUUGGCAUGUUACAAUCACCUAUGUUAAGAUGGUCUGAAGAAGCAGAACGAAUCAAAUUCGCGCUUAAAAGAAGUGACUUCGCAUCACAUAAUUCGCUUGGUGCGGUAAGGCUUCUUUCGUAACUAAAAAAGGAGAUAUAUUUCAACUUUUCGUUAACAUGGUUUAAAAACAGACGCCGUUUAGUGAAGAAUAUGCGAGUUGAGUUAAUUAUGAGGACUAUCACAGAAAAUUGUUGCUCCUUCUACCACUUUUCAGCGUUAUGCCUUCAGUGCAGUUACUAACAAUAACCGAUAUACUCUAACAUAAUUGUAUGCUGUUGAUAUUCAUACCUGGAUGAAGCUGACAUCACCCGAAGAGGAAGCGAUGUGCGAUAGGAUAGCUCAAGGUUGAGGUAUUCAUGAUUGCCAGCAUUCAGCGCCACCGGCUCUUCAAUCGAAGUCCUAUUUCUUUUCCCCUUUUGUGAACGAUUUCCAUACGGUUGGGUAACCAUAGAGCCGGGGAAUGAUCAUAAUCAUCCACCUCCCCCUGACCGCUGGUUGUCUUGUGUGCACAGGAGGCAGUGCUUCCUUGGAGUUAGGAGAUUCAAUCGUUUUAAUACCUCCAAACGUCGUAACGGAGAGUGGAUAAAAUGUGAUGGUGAGAUGCAUCAAGAAGUCAUGCACAGCCAUCUGACUUUCCUGUGGCCUACUGAAUAUAUUCAUCUGAUCAUCAUCGUCCUCGCCGUCGCCUUCCAUCACCUUCGCCUCCUCUGCGAUAAGCUACACCACCGUGACCACCAUCAUUGUGGUCAUCUUGACCAGUCACAACCACUGUAUCGACGCCAUCGUCAGCACCGUCAAUAACAAUCUCAUCUGAGAAUAUUCUGUUGGAUGAAACUAGACCGAAUGAGGGAUAGACAUUGACUGUCACCAAGACCAUUGGACAUUAUCAUCAUCUGAGUAACAAGUCAACACAUCUCUUCCUUAGAAUAAUAUAUUAGACUUGGUGGAAACUGGAGUAUCAAUAAAAGCAUUUAGGUAUUACCUCCAUGGACAACAUAUUAGCAACGUCAUUUGCAUGUUAUCAUAGAGUAUCUAUGGAAACGAGUGUUGAUUGACACAUUAGGAAGUCAUCGUCAUCUGGUAACGAAUCAAAAACAUUCUUUAGAUGGUCUUUGACAUUUAACAGCGGCUAUUAAAGGAAAAGCCUUCAGGUGUCAACUUCAUCAUUCUUACUAAAAAGGAAAAUCGACGACAUGCAUAACCAUAGAUCGCUAACGUCAUCACCUAAAACCAACGUCAUCAAAGAUGAUAUUUUAAGCCUGAUCAAACAAGGUUGAGCAACUAUAAUUUCCUCAUAGUCUGUGAAACGUAUUGUGAAAGGAUAUCGUUUCCUUAAUCCCCGACAAUGGAACAUCAACCUGAUCAAAAAAUGGUCAAUACAACUGAGGAUACCAACAUCCCGAAUGUUGACCAUAUCGCAGCAGGCCUUUCGCUCGCUGUUCUCGUUGUCAUGGGAAUCGUUGGUAAUCUCAUUUUACUCUUGUCGGUAGGCUCAGCCAUGCGGACGGUAAGACAUCGGUGGAAUAGACUCGUCCAUGAUCUCAUUUUCAUGUACGGAUGUCUGGAGAUGCUCUUUUUCCUCAUCCCUUGUCUCUUGUCAACCAUCGCCUACCUCUCCUCUUGGAAUGUUGACACGCACCAGUCAGUCUGCGAUUUCUUCGGGUGGAUUGUAAUGUCAUUGAAGUUCGGAUCCUUAUGGAUGCUAACGAGUCUUGCUAUAGAGAGAUAUUUCGUUAUAUGCAAACAGGAGGGAACGUCAAAUCGGUUCGCAUGGACGAUGAGAUUCGUCACUUUUGGCGGGAUUUUAAUAGUAACUGUUUAUGCAGCUGUUCCUCUUAUGGUGAAAAUUGGUAUGGUGGCUUCUGAAGCCGUUCCGAACGCGGUUUGUCAUUUGGAUUUCACGCCAGUGUCUCGAGGGUCCCAGGCGUUCGCGAUCUCAACUAUCGUGCUUACCUAUGUCAUGUUCCAAAUUACACUUUUCUGCCACGUGUCCAUUCUCUGCGUCCCGUCACGUGAUGUGCGGGAGAAGAAGGCACCGAUUCAAGAAGGCGCCACCUUGCACCAUAUGGAGCACUCACUGGUCUAUGGAUUUACCCCCCUUUCGAUAUGGGUGUGGCUCUGUACCGCUCCAUUAUGGAUAACUCUGAUAUUGACCCAGACUGGAUCUGAAAUUAGCACUGGAUGGGAGUUUGGUGUUCUACGUACGCUGACUGUAUCCUCAGCCUUGAGCCCUUAUAUUUUGCUUUUAUCUAGUGCAUAUUAUCGCUCUUCGUUCUGCCAUUUUGUAUGUUGUCGAGAUGCACAGAGGAAACAAGCGACUCAAGAAGAGCAAUACAAUGACGUACCUAAUGACGUCAGAUGUGAGGAUUGCCAAGCUCGAAUCAUAAGAUCAGAAAACGGACAAAGAGUCAACAACAUGACGCCUUUUGUAGACUUGGGAAUUCCUAGAACGAGGGAUCGAAGUGAACAAUACAUUAUCAGCGCAUCUCAGCAAAGGCCAGUUGAUGAAGCAGCCACACCCAAUGGGCGCUUAAAUGUGAUUAAAGCCGAAGUUGAAAGCCACACCCAACCUACGUUGGAUGACGCCCACCCGCCAACCUCGUCUCCGGGAAUCCUACCCACUGAUUCUAAGAUUUAUUUGCUAUCUGCAGGAGCGAAUGGCGAAUUGGUAUGCAGGAGGUCGUUUGAUGGCGGCUCGCUGAGGGAUGAUAACGAGAGUAUUUCGCCAAGGGGUGAUCGUGGGAGUAGCUCAAGUCAAGGUUCAUCCCCAAGAGAUGGUUAUCCAGAUGAUGAGGAUGAUGAUGAUCCUUCAGAUGAUGACCAAGCUGGAGGGUACCUCAUCACACUUCCGGUCAAUAUGCCAGGUCAAGGGUCAAAUGAAACUGUUGAAAGAAUCUUCUACAUCCAGGAACCGCCUCAAAAGUUCGUGGAAUCCUCUGUGGUAGGCGAAGAUGGUGCAGCUGUAAAAAAUUAUGGCACCGAAAACGACAUUGAUAGAGAUGGUGACGCGGUAUUUCAUGGCAAAGGACCCCUGAGACCAAAUUUGGCGCAUGUAACACGACCCAACUUGGCCGGGUUGGUUAUGGACAGCAUGGAAAGUGGAAGUGACGGAGACAUGGAGGACGAGGAACUCAGCAGAUUUGAAGCUGAAAUCAGAGGAAGGAUAAUGGGGCGUUCAAAUCGACGAAAGUUACUACGAAGUAGUGAACCACAAUCUCUGGGUACGAAAACAGACUCGCGGAGAGAAAGACUAAUUGGCAAGGAGUCUCAUGACGAUUUGUCGAUAGGCGACAGUGAUAUAUCUCUAUCAAGAGAUGGGGUACGAGAGCAAGAUAUCCGGAUCCAUGGCCCAUCAGCGUCAGAUCCUCACCUUUUGACGUUAGCUUUCCAACAGGCAAUGCUAUCACAUUCGCAGCGGCAUGACAAUGAAAGGCAGACCUUACAAUCAGAUGAAAUGGUCGACACGAAAUCCCCUAGUCGCCUGAUACCGGUUAUUAAUAUCACGCCAGCUGAGGGUAUAGGUGACCUGGAUGAUGUCCAACCAAUAUUUUCCCAAAGAAGUAACCGAAUUGAUUAUCGAUUUCUAGCUCCAAUAGCAGAGGAAGCUGGUUUAGAUUGCAGUAGGAGCUCGCACAAUCUGCCUUCGAUGCUUAACACAAAGCAUGAGAAGGUGCAUCGAAUGCCAAAGACAAAUGCCCAGAUAAUGUCAAACUGGAAAUUACAGGAGGAUGUCCGACGGUCGGCGUCUUCAACUCAUUCGGUGAUACAAAGGCAAAAUGCAGAAGAAAUGUUUCACGAAGACGAUACGGAAUCCUUGGAGGAAAGUGAUUCUAAUGAACAGCAAGAUUUUUGUGCCUCAGGGGUCAAUUCACUGGACAAUGGGUUAAAUUCUGUGAGCAAAGUUUACGUCGCAGAUGAAGACGACUCGAGUGAGAACAUUACCCCUCGGACGUUAGAAAAGGUCGGAGAUGUGGUCGAGCGAUCGGCUGAUGGAAAGCAAAAGACCGCAGAUCCUCUACUGGAAACACCUGAGUGGCUCAACGUUGAGCAAGCCAUGCAGGGACAUAUUAACCAGGGAUUCAUAGAUACAGAAGAUAUAUUAUCUAGUAACAAUGGACGUGACAAUAACCAUUUACCUCUAACUGCAAAUGACAAUGCCUCCCAGAUAGGCGUCGAAGAAAAUGCAGAGAAGAAUUCUGAAGAAAAUUUGGAUUGCUUGGACACUCAAAGCGAAGGGGCUGGCAGCAUACCGGUCAAAUCAAUAGAUACUUUGGGAAAUGGUCACAUUGAAAUCAGGACUUCCAAGAAAACACUUCCUCUUAAGAGACAAGACAGGUUAACUGAAAGUGAAAACGAUGUAAACUUAUCCGGAGUUCUCAGAGCGUCCCCAAAUAAUCUCCAAAUCCAGUUGAAAGAUGUUAUUUCCGAAGUAAACGACAACUUCACCAUGUCCAAACAUUCGUCGUUAGGCACAGCUAAUGGUGUCGAGGAAAGCGUAGAGUACAAUUCAAAUGAAGAACCGAGGCAGACAUAUUCGACAAAAAACGAAAUAGGUUUGCACAAAAAUGGGGAACCUAAAGAGCUUUCGACAGCAGUUUCACUGGGAAAGGGACUCCCGAAGUCUACACUGGUAGGGGUUAAUUCUUACCCACUGACUGGCAUGCGCGGAUUUUCGAUUGACGGGAAUCUCUAUGUAAUAUACCCCAAAAAGUGGGCAAGAACGACGUCCAAACCAACCAGAGACGAUGACUUUUUAGAAAGGUCUGACAUUGGUUUGACUAGGUCAUCACCAAUGGAUGAGAAGAGCGAGUCCGGUAUUUCAUUAUCGACUCAUAAGAAGGUUGACUUCAUGGACAUUGAGACUAAGAGAAACCAACCAAGGGUUCAGGUAGCCAUGGUGUGAAAAUAGGCCACUCUCAUCAGGAAACACACUGAUCUGACAAAUAGUGAAGAAUUGUAAAGAGAAGAGAGAAAUAAUGAAAAAAAGAAGAAGAUUGAGAACGAAGAGCAUUGGAAAUAGACGGUUUGGGUCAUCUAACGCUAUUUAAUUCAGAGAAGAAAAUCGUCCCCUUUUGGUCGGCUUAGCCACCCCCCCCCCCCCCCUCCAAGAAAAAAAAUGCCGAGACCCUUGGAGGGCCGAAAAUUUUAGAGGUCUUUCAGCAGUGUCCAAGAUGGCUGAAAUAUGUGGUCUCUGGAAUAGUCCGAAAAUCAGUGGAAAGACUCUGGCAGACUGACUGAUACUUCUUGUCUUGCUGAACUUAGACUAGUCCUAUACUGAUCUGUCAAUAUGGUUCUUCAAUAGUCUUUCCGAGAUACUGUAUAUGCAACAAAUGAUCUUACGACAUUCUUUAUUCUUACCCUGGUCUUUGAGUGAUAUCUGCGAAGUAAAUUUGAGAUACUGCCGAAAGAUCAUGGAAAGACAUAACAAGACCUUUGAAAGUUAGUUUAGAGACAGCUUAAAGGCCAUUGAAGACCAUAUUGAAUGAUCGGUUCGGAAUCCUGAAAGACCCCUGAUUUCAUUGAAUUUUCUUUGGACGGCCAC